UGCCAUCUUGAAAAGACGCUCAAGUCAUAACGCGGCGUACCUUUUUUGUAAAGCAUAAAGUACUAUGCGGUGUUGAUUAAUCAGUCAUUUAAUUUAAUUAUAAGUACAAUUGAUCACUUAGAUUAAUUUACAUUGCAUAUGAUGAUAAGUGAACAUUAUUAACAAUGUCGACUGUUAUAUCGUGUGUAAUAGAAAAACGUCAGUGGUUUUAAGUGAAGUCUUUCCCUGAAUGAUUGUUGUUUGUAGGUUAUAAAGAUUGGCAUAUAUCUUUUGUUCAUUUCAACGAAGAUGAGAAUAAUUUGAUUAUGUUUAUUAAAAUACAUUAACGAAAAUGAAUUUCACCGAUGAAACUAAUAUUCAAAUUUCGUUACCACAAUUUUCGGAAAUAACUUCUCGAUCAAAUUCAGGAGGAUAUAUUUCGAGUAACGCUGAUUUACAAGCAGCUGCAAAUGCUAUUUCAGCAACAAAUCAGUCUAAACAAUUUAUAGUUAAUUCUUCAAGCAAGUAUCCUGGAUCAAUUUUAACCUGGCCAGAUCCAAAUACUUUAAUUCAACUUUGCGAAAAACAAGGCAUUCAAUCCAUCAACAUUCCUAACUACUCUCAAACAGUUAGUAAUAAUGCUUCAAUUUUAGGCAUUCAAUCAAACAGUCUCCCGCUAAGAAUUAUUCCAAAUAUAGCGGAGAUAAAAUCAGAAAAUGUGCCUGGAAAUUCUAAUUCGACGAAUUGCCAAAUACAACUUCAACAGCAAACGGUCACAAUGACAGAAUAUCUCCAAAAAUUACAAGCAACAACAUUACCAUUUGCAACGUUACAACAAUUAAUUAAAUUGCAAAGUGAACAAAUAAAAAAGGAGAAAGAAGAUGAGGAGCAAAAACUUGAACAAACACAAAGCAGUAUUCUUAAUAUUCCCAGUGUUGCAGGAUUUCGAAAUUCUCAUUUACAAAAUGGAAAUCAUUUUAUGAAUCCCGAUCAUAUGAUGAUAGCAAUAAAUCCCAGUGAUCUAAAUGUUCAUAUCGAGGGACAAUCAGAAAGUGACUGUAGUUCACAGACUGUUAUUGUUGAUCAACAAAUACAAACCGAAUCACCGAAACCCGAAAAAAAGAUGAAAUUCAGGGCGAAAACUGGAGAAAUUAAAAUCACAAUGGCCAUAGACGGUUCAACUCUUUACUGUUGUCCUGAGUGUAAUCUUGCAUUUGCCGAUAAAAGUGAAAUUGAACAGCACAUUCAAGGCCAUAUACAGGAAAGAAAAUAUCAGUGCAAAGAAUGUGGUGCGAUGCUUAAAAGGAAAGAACAUCUGGAUCAACAUAUGCGCGGUCAUUCAGAUGAAAGACCGUUUAAAUGUCCAGUUUGUCAAAAAGCAUUUAAACGAAAUGAACAUUUGACAAGGCAUUAUGUCAUUCAUUCAGGUGAUAAAAAUUUCACCUGUAACGUCUGUCACAAAGCUUUUUCAAGGAAAGAUCAUUUAAAUAAGCACGCGCAAACACAUUUAGGCAUCAAGAGAACCAAAGCCAAGACAAAAGACAUAUUAUUCACCGAUAGAGAUUCUCUUGAUAAAAUUGCCGAAAUGUCCAGUGCCAUUCCAAAACAAGACAUGAAUUUCGUAUUAAAGGAUGGAAAUUUCAUUAAACAAGAAACAACAUUACUUCAACACAUCCAAAGUUUUUCUGCACUGAAAGACGCUAGUAUUUUUCAACAGCAAGCCGUCAACAUGAAUGAAAUUUUACCACAAAACACCAGGUAUUUAAUGCCAUCUUAGUUCUAGGGGAAAGGAAAUUUUCUUCAAUCUUUUAAAAGAAUAUUUUUCUCGCUAUUUAGGACUUUUUAAAUUUUCUUUACAAAAAUGAAAAAUCUAAAGUGCAUCAAAGUUUUUAUUCGUGAUUAUAUUAAAAAGAAACCAGUCAUAAUUAUGUGAUUGAUGUUUAUAAAAAUGAGGAAUAUUUUAAAAGGUCAAUUUCAAUUGAAAUUGAGACUCUUACAAUUUAAUAAAAAUUUCAUUGCAUCUAAAGUAUCAUUAUAGGAAUAAAUAUUUUCUAAUAUUUAAAUAAAUAUUAGAGUGAGAAUAAAUUAUGUGAUAGUUGUAGCAAAGUAUCCAAAAUAUGUGAACCAAAACUUGACUGUUACUGAAGAUUUCAAAAUGAUAAUUGUCACAUUUAAUAAUAUACUAAGCGAAAGA